AUGCAGCGUCCUCCUCAGUCUCAGAGUUGCCAAGAUCCGCAGACGCAGCAGCAGCAGCAGCAGCAGCAGCAGCAAACUGCGCACAGUCUUCAGCAAAGCCAGCCGCUGCAGCAGCCGCCAGCAGCAGCAGCUUCGCUCCUCCAAAGUGCAGAAAAAGGCUCUUUGGGAGGCUUUAGAGGAGGCGACUGGCGGGGAAGGGCUGCUGCAUGCGAUGGGCACUUGAGGGGUGCUCCGGGGUCGCGGGGCCCCGUGUUGCUGCCUCCGGCAGUCCAAAGAGCUUCAAAGCGCAUUUAUUUGACGCUUAAUUGCAAUAUAAAUGCAAAUAAUGCUUCAAAAAUAACGUUUCCCGCAGAUGUGCUGAGGGUUACCGUGCUUGGUGCCGGCCAGGAUGUUGGGCGCAGUGCGGUGUACGUACAGCGCGGCGAGAGGGGGCUGCUGUUCGACUGCGGCAGCCACUUGGGCGCCAAGCAAGCGAGAAAGCUGCCACUUUUGAAUUUGCUGCUUCAGUUGGCUCCGCAAAAAAGUGGAAAAGAUGAUUUGCAGACAAUGGAGGAGGCCCUGCUCGCGCCUUCGCCGCUCUUCGCCUGCUGUACAGACGCCACUCUCAUUUCCCACUUCCACAUGGACCACUGCGGCUCUUUGCCUUCAUUUACAGAACGUCUUGGAUACCGAAACCCAAUAGCCAUGACUUUCCCCACCCGCGCGCUGAGUCCAGUGCUGCUGCUGGACAGCGCGCGCAUCUUUAAAGAGGCGGCUUUCCGGGGGCGGCAGCAGCUGCUGUCUGAGGCCGAAGGCGGCAGCAGAGACGCGAGCCUGAGCAGCAGCAGCAGAGACGCGAGCCUCAGCAGCAGCAGCAGAGACGCGGGCCUCAGCAGCAGCGGCAGCAGCGCCAGCGGCGAAGGCAGGGUGGGGGGCCCUGGCGCUUCUUCGCAAGAACAGUGGAACUACACUGAGGCGGAGGCGCAGCGCUGCAUGCGCCGCUGUGUGGCUCUGCGGCUGCACGAGUCUUGGGAGGCGGGGGGGUGGACAGUGACUCCUUACUACGCUGGCCACGUUUUGGGGGCUGCCAUGUUGCAUGCGCAGCUCCCUGGAGGCCCUUCGAUCGUGUACACAGGAGAUUUCAACACUUCUCCCGACAGACAUUUGGGCAGCGCGAGCAUUCCGAGGCUGCAGCCGGACUUGCUGAUUAGCGAGUGUACAUACGCUUCGUUUGUGCGGCCCUCGAAGAGAAUAACGGAGAGGGAGUUUUGCGACGCUGUGCACGACGCGCUGAAGAAAGGAGGCAAAGUGCUGAUUCCGGUCUUUGCCGUGGGAAGAGCCCAAGAGCUGUGCAUGCUGCUGAACUCCUACUGGCAGCGCAUGCAGCUGCAGUACCCGAUUUACUUUGGAGGCGGCAUGACGGAAAAGGCCAACAAGUACUACAAGCUGUACGUACAGUGGACUGGCAGCGACUUGCUGCACCGCCUAGGCGGCGCGAAUGCGCAGCAGAAUGCAUUUGCUGACCAAGUCGAGGAUGAUUCUCCGGGGUCGGCCGGCGAGUUCGGGGCUUUCGACUUCUCCCACAUCUCCACGCUGCCGCCCGAAGUGCUCACGUCCCCCACUCCCAUGGUGCUGCUUGCAACCCCCGGGAUGCUCCACGGGGGCCUGGCCUUGAAGGCUUUGAAGCUGUGGGCUGGGGGGCCGGAAAAUCUCGUGUUGCUUCCGGGGUAUUGCGUGCGGGGCACUGUGGGGGCGAUGCUCAUAGAUGGACAACGAGACAUUCCGCUGGACGCAAGGACGCGGCUGAAGGUGCUGUGCAAGGUGAGGUACAUGUCCUUCUCGGCGCAUGCAGACACUACAGGGAUCCAGCAGCUGGCGAGGCAUUUGCAGCCAAAAGCCAUUAUGCUGGUUCACGGCGAGAAAGAGGGAAUGCUGAAACUGGCGCGAGUGCUGCACCGGGAACUCGGAGUUCCCGUGCACACUCCGCCUUCGGGGCAGACAGUCUCAGUGCCUCUCGACAAGACAGAGCCCCGCGUCUCUGUCUACAUUCACGAUCUUUGCUUCCGCCGCACUUUGGCAGCGCCUAAGGAAACUUCUGCAGCUGCAGCUGCCAAUUCAAGAGAGGCGCUCUGGGAGUGUGAGGAUCCCGCCUUGACAGCUUUACUGGAGUCUCCAGUAAUGCGAAGGUACUUGCCGCAGUCCUCGGCGAGCGCCCAAGGGCCCCGCUGCUCUUCAGUUUCACCCUAUUGCUUCCCCCCCCCCUCUUUGUUCUUUCGAGUUUCAAAAAGAAGUGCAGCAAAAGAAGAAGCGGGCGAGGCAGCAGAAAAGGAAAGCAGCAGCAAAGAGCUGUGCGCUGAGACUCCCGCCGAAGACCUGCACCUCCUGAUGGACUUAGACAGCCUCGUGGCUGCAGCAGCAGCAGCAGCAGCCAACGGCUGUGGGAGCCUCAAGCACUGCAGCAGCAAACAGGGGCACGCUGCAGCGCCCAGCGGGCCCCGCGCUGCAGCAGCAGACUGCGCAGGGGUUUCCCCGGGAAACAAAGAAGAAAUUCAAUUUGCACCGUCUGCUGCAGGGGUGGGGACAGCUGCUGCAGCGGCUGCUGCUGCAGCAAGAGUCCCGCCGCGCUGCAUUCAGUUGCUUUCGCUGCGCUAUCGGCAUGAAGUGGAGAUGGAAGCUGCAGUGUUUCAGCAGCUUCUCCAUCUGUUCAUGGACUACAUUGUUCAGUGCAGGAAAGCUUAUGAGCAGCAGCGGAGGCAGCGCAGCGCGAGUGGCGAAGCGCCGGCUCCCCUGUCUCUCGAGACACCCGAAUUCUGCGACUUCGGCCCCCAGCUGAAACUCAGGCAGAUGGAGGGAGGCGGAAUCAUUAUUGAAUUUUUGUCUCUUGUCGCAGUCCACAAUGGGCGUGACCGGCUGCAAAUGCAGUGGGCAGAGACGGACGAGCGGCGAAAUGGGGCUGUGUCGGCCUUUGUUGAGUACUUCUCCAGAAUGGCGGAAGCUAAUACAGACUCAAAAGCUGGUGAAUGCUCCUAA